AUGGAUAAAUUUUUUAUUUUAAUAAUUUUAUUAUUAAUAAUAUUAAAUAAUAAUAAUUUUGUAAAAACAAAACUAUCAAGAGAACAAUGCCAUAAAUGGAGAGAACUAAAUCAUUUAAUUGGAGAAAAUCACAAAUUUCAAAACAAUGAAGAUCAUUUAAUGUUAAAUUCAAUGUUUAAGAAAUACUGUUCACCUCACCCAUUAGAUUCAAAUUUAGAACCAAUUGAGGGAACAGAUUGUCAAGUGUUAAGAAAAAUUUUUACAGAUGUUUUAAAAAGAGAUAAACUUUUAAAUAGGGAACAUCACCAUAAGAAUAAAAAUUUAAAAUUUAGAAAUGACAUUAUCGAUUAUUUAGAUUCAAUUUGUUCAGAUAAAACAAUUCAAAUUGAAUUAGAAUCUGAAAAACAAUUUUAA